AAAAAAGAAAAGAAAACCUACUCGGACCAAAUCUAGGGUAUACACUUGACCCGUUGACCGGAUCUAGAGACACAUAAGCUAUUCAGUUUCAGCUUCAGUUGCGAGUAGAUAUGGAAGUGGUUGCCGCUAGGUCGAUGGAGACGCAGAAACAGCAGACGUGGGCUUGUUCUGUCACUGAGACGCUUCUCAUCCUCGUUGGAAGGAACCUGGCUUGUCUGCUCCUUGCGGCGGAAUCGUUGCUGAUUGGGUUGAUUGCUGAAGAUCAGAGGCUUUCUGUGAAGGAGGGUUACAAAAGAGGACGCCCUGAUGAGGAAAACAAAGAUGGCAGCGACUCUGAUGAUAACGAUGACGACGACGAUGAUGAAGACGCUGAUGAUGAUGAUGAUGACGAUGAUGAUGCUAAUGAUGAAAACUUCUCUGGGGAUGAAGGGGGGGAGGAAGCUGAUCCAGAGGAUGACCCAGUGACCAAUGGUGGAGCAGGAAACGAUGAUGAUGACGACGAUGAUGGUGAUGAGAGCGAUAGUGAUGAUGAUGAUGAGGAUGGUGACGAGGAAGAAGAUGAUGAGGAGGAGGAAGAUGACGAAGAUGUUCGCCAGCCACCUGCUAAGAAGAGGAAAUGAAACAUGUAUUGGGAUAAGUGGGGAGUGUGUUUAUGUGUGGUUUAAGACUUGACGAGGAUCCUAUGUGUCGGUUUUAAGUAGUUCAGUGAAACUUACUCUUAUUCAGCUUCAUCUUGUUGUGUUACCAUUUGUUGUUAUCUCAGACUUUCGACCUGGCUUUUAGUUUUAUGUUUCCUGUUUAGAAUGUUUGUCAUUGAAGGAUCUUUCGCCAUGCUUCACA